UUUCACCACCAUGACGUACACAGCCCCAACUCGAUGUACGUCUCCGGACGAGACCGUGAACGAAUUCAACAAGAGAAUCCCUCUCAAUGGUAUGAGACAUGUCUCGACUCUACACGCGGACUCUAGUUCGCCCGCCCACCCGCAGAAGAUAUACGAUCUACCAGAACGGGCAGCGAAUCAACCGGCACCAGCUCUUUUCGUACCGUAACGGCCGCUUCCUCAUCAACGAAGGCUAUGAGCUGGCCAAGCGGUACGCCCCCUUCAACGUCGACGCGCUGUGCGAGAUAAUCGCUGCCUUGCCGCAGGUCAGCUCGCCCGUCGCCUCCAUCGACAAGAAGGAAGGCGGAUAUAACAAGGGUCUACUGGUGACGGCGGAGAACGGGCGGCAGGUUGUCGCGAAGAUUCCCUGCUUGAAUAUCGUGCCGCCAUGGUACGGGACGGCCUCGGAGGUGGCCGUCUUACAGAUGGUAAGGGAACAGACGUCCAUCCCGGUCUCGAAAGUCCUUACCUGGUCGGACACGAAGAGCAACCCCGUCGGGUCCGAGUAUAUCGUUCUAGAGAAAUCGCACGGCACGCAGCUCACUGCACUGUGGGAUGACCUCAAAGAACAGGACCGCGUGCAGCUGAUCCGCGCCUUUGCUCGUCUCGAGAGCCAACUUACCGGCAUUAAGUUCCCUGCGUACGGCUCUCUGUUCAUGCGUGAUCGACUUGCACCGCCGCUCCAUGAGCCGGGACGCACUAUCGACGUCGACGAGCGAUACUGCCUAGGACCGAUGUAUCACGGCUCCUGGCCGGGGGGGUACGCGGCUAAUCCGGAGGAAUACGCCCAAUAUGCCGGUCCAUCAUUCGCGCAGCAAGGGAUCUGGCAGAUCGAGCACUUCAAGACCUCGUACGGCGGGCGUGGUCCUCACUUCGGCACACCCGCCGAGCACGUCGAGGUGCUGCGCAUGGCCGUGCAGGUGAUGCCGCUGCUGGCGACGCUGCCGGCGAUCGAGCACCACUCGACGCCCGUGCUGUGCCACCCGGACUUCCACCCGGGCAACAUCUUCGUGGCGGCCGAGGACCCGACGCGCAUCACGGGCGUGAUCGACUGGCAGUUCACGGCGAUCCUGCCGCGCUUCACGCAGGUGCAGUGGCCGCUCUUCCUCAACCCACCCGAGGAGUACCAGACGGGGAUGGGCCGGCCGGAGCUGCCCCCGCACUUUGACGACCAGGACGUGGAGAAGGACGAAGAGUAUUCCAGCACGGGGGCGGCGCUGCUCAAGUCCCAUCUCGAAUCCUACCUGGCCCUCACCGAGACGGACGUCGCCAUCCGCCAGCUCUUCACUUCUUGUCCGUACACGUACCGCGACGGCAUCGUGCCCCUGCGCGACUGCCUGGUGCGUCUCUACCAGGAAUGGCCGCGUCUCAAUGUGCCCGGUGAUCGCCCCUGUCCGUAUUCCUUCUCCCGCGUCGAGAUCGACCGCCACGAACGCCAGAUGGCGGAUUACCGCGACUGGCUCAAUCUGCGCAAGUAUACCUUUGAGCUGCUCCAGUCGAAUGAGGGCGGCUGGGUCCCGCCCCAGGUCGACUUUGCCGCCGCCCAGAGCAAGAUGCAGCUGCUGUACCGGCGGUUUGUGCGCUCCAAGGCAAAAGAGAUGCCGGAGCGGGAAGCGAGGAAACUAUGGUUCUUCAGAGAGAGGGGUUAAGGUGGCAACUAACUAUGAGCAAGGUAAUAAAUAACUAGAA